AUAGUUGGAAUGAAGAAGUUGAUAAUGCAGAAGCUUUGGCUGGUGAUAGUCAGAAUAAAGAUAAACUUUCUCCAAACAUAGAUAUUAGGACAGAAAUGGACAAUGAUAUUGCCUCAGUGCCUGAUAAAAGCAUCAUUAUAGAACAUUUACUAGAGAUAAUACCUAACAUAUAA